UUAAAAUAUUUUAUUUCCAAACGAGACCUAAGUUGUAAUUUUUUUUAUUUUUCUUCACUUUCUUAUCUUCUCAAGAGAGUAUAGACAAGAUAUAUAAACACGUGUCCAGCGGCAAGACUCUCCACUUCAUGCAAACCCUGCAUGUUUCACAAACAAGAACCACGUGACACACUCUCUCUCCCCAUUUUAGCUUUUAUAUCUUUUCUCUAUCUCACCACCAAAACCCAUCAAACCAAAACAAGAACACUCCCAAUCCCAUCAUUCACAGCACUUUGAUUCAACCUCAACAAUGCCUCAAACCCAGCCACACCACCAGCAGUUAUCUUAUCAGGUGGCCAAAACCACCACCGCAGUCACCGUCAGAGGCUCCCUCAUGGUCCUCUCUGCCCUUAUGCUGGUGGCCACUGUCAUCAUUCUGGUGAUCGCAACGCCGCUGAUGGGGAUUUUCAGCCCGGUUUUGGUCCCGGCAGCGAUAACAGGGUUUCUGAUUCUUGCUGGGUUUUCGGCUUCCGGUGGGUUUGGCACCGCGGCAGCAUUUGUGUUCUAUUGGAUGUACAAUUUUGCAGCCGGGAAGCAUCCAAUUGGAUCUGAUCAGCUUGAUCAGGUGCGCCGGAGGAUUGCCGGUGCAGCGACAGAGUUGAAGGACCGGGCUGAGCAAUUUGGGCAGCAACAGGUUAGUUGAAGGAAAGCCAGCUACCAACAAUGGAGGAGUCACUUGAAAACUGGCCUCUGCAAUCAAUGCAUGUUUCAUACAUUGUGGUAGAGACUAAUGGGGCUACUUUUUAGGCACUUUGUUUGCUAACUUUUGCUUAAGUUUGUUUCUAGUCAGUUCUUCUUCACUGGCUGCUUUUUUUUUUAUUUUAUUAUUAUUAUUAUUAAUGUAAUGUACUUU